UAUACGCGCCAUGAUCCCGCCGUUUGGGGGAAAAAAAGACGGGUUAUAAUAUCGAUGAGACACGGAGCUCAUCCAUAUUAGAAGAGUCUUUAAUGAACUCAGACCGUAAAGACACUCCUCCUGCUACCGGCUCCCACUGCUCACCUCCCGUACCGAUGCGCGGGAGGAAAUUCAUAGCCCCAUCUUUAUCAGUAUCAGCAUCGCCUUGAAGACAAAGAGAGCGCUGCAAAUGAAGAUAUGCUCCAAUAGCAGGGGAAGCCAGUCUUAAACUCACUAUUCCUGCAGCCGUGCCCGCCUGGAGGCAGACAGGCGCCGGUCCUUGGAGACUCUUCGGGGAUGCGCAAAGAUGUGAGAGUAAAGAAGGAGAGGCAUUGUGAUUGGCCAUACUCUUUCUGAAAGCAUCAGGCACGGCGAGUCAUGUUUGCUCCAGCCAGAGCAUCAACGAGGUGGCAUCAAACUUGAAGGAGACGUGUUCUCAGCCUGCACAGUCUGUGCGUUCACAGCGGCAACCAUAAACUUGCAUCAUUUCCCCAAAUAGGCGGACGCGCUUUCCGUGGUGCUGAAACAGACAGACUUGGCAGAUCAACUAGUGAAGAAGAGGAAGACACCCUCACUUCGCCGUCUGCUUCUGAGCUUCAUGGUAUUUGGUAGCUUCAGUCAGAACUUAUUACAUUAGCGUCUGACUGUGCCACAUCAUGCUGUGGAUGAAGUGGAAGAUGGUGGUGGACUCCCUGCGUGGACGGAGAAGGAGGAUGCCCUGUUCCCUCUGGUUCCUCCUGCUGUUCGCUGCUGGAGGUCUGGUUCUGUUCAUCCACCAGGAAGAUCUAUCAGAGAUGGUCCAGCAACAAGGCCCAGGCGUGAAGCUCGGAAGCACUCCACGGCAGUCCAGAGAGACUCUAUCAACGCAAGACAGAGAGAGAGGCAAAACUGACAAUUAUCAGGACCCUCGAGCAGCGGACAGCAUGUUGUCCAGCCCGAUCCCUCCAAUGCAGUUCCCACACUUUGAGGAGAGUAGACAGAUGGCCACCCCUGGAUCUCGGGAGCAGGACAUAGACUCCCUUCAUGUCUCCAAAAGACACCGCAAACUGCUGAAAACAAGUCCUCCGAUCCAUCACACCAACAAAAAUGUUUCCUCGUCCUUUUCCUCUUCUUCCUCCUUAUUCUCAGUUUCCUCCUCUGCCUUAGGUUCUUUUUGCUCUGAGAGCUGGAAAAAGCUCUUCAAUAUCCUCGAAGCACGGCGGCAACUUAUGAAAGAGAUGUGUGCUAAGUACAAAAGCAGUAUCUCCAGAACCAUCACACGUCAUCAUGUGAAACACCUCUUCGUGGAGGACCGGUACAAGUUGUUGUACUGUCAGGUGCCCAAGGCGGGCUGUUCCAACUGGAAGAGGACCCUGAUGGUGCUGGCAGGCCAGGCCCCCAAUGCUCAGAGUAUUAAACAUGACACAGUCCACUAUGGCCACCAUCUCAAGAAACUUGACAGCUUUGACCGACAGGGAAUCAUGCACCGUCUGGAGACCUACACCAAAGUCAUGUUUGUCCGAGAGCCCUUGGAGAGAAUGGUGUCGGCUUACAGGGACAAGUUUGAAAAUCCCAACAACUACUACCACUCCCUGUUUGGGAAACCUAUCAUCUCAAAGUACAGGGUGAACGCGUCCUGGACAGCCCUGAAGACAGGUAGCGGGGUCACUUUCAAGGAGUUUGUCCAGUACUUGCUGGAUGUCCACCGGCCCGUGGGAAUGGACAUCCACUGGGAGCAGGCAAACCAGCUCUGCAACCCUUGUCUCAUAGACUAUGACUUCAUCGGCAAAUUUGAGAACAUGGAGGAAGAGUCCAACUUUCUUCUGCGAUUGACCGGGGCACCACCCAACCUCACUCUGCCCAGUUUUAAAGAUAGGAACCCAACUGAGAAGAGGACCUCUAUGCAGAUCACACAAAAAUACUUUUCACAGGUCAGCUUGUUGGAAAGACAGCGAGUCUACGACUUCUAUUAUAUGGACUAUCUGAUGUUUAACUACUCCAAGCCUUUUAAAGAUUUAUAUUGACUGACUCCUGUCAAGACGCUUGAAUCACAGUCACAUUCCACUAUGUCUAUAUCUUUACCAUGACAGAAAUUUUAACAUAAAGAGGCUCACUUACAUGCUCACAUGGAUCUUUGCAUCUAAGCAGAGAGAUCAGAGAGACCACACUUCUUCUGAUUUUUCACAAAAGCUGCUUUUUAUUAAUACAUUUCUACCAAAUUAUCUUCAUUUUAAGAACAGCGAGAUGAAAAGAUUCCUGUGAUGUAUUAAAUACUUAAAUUUUUUUCUAAAAUGCAAAUUAUUUAUUCAUUACUGGCACGUGGUGAGGUAUAAAAAUAAAAUUAUAAAUGCUAUGCUUCUAAAAAAAAGUGGACUAUUGUUCAACAGGCUUUAAAUUAUGCUGUUGACUUACUGUGAGUCAAAUAGUAAAUGCGUUUUAUGGUAUAAUUCAACAGAGUAACACAUGGGGUUUUAUAUAGGAUCAAAUUUCUCACAUUUCUAAAUUCAAAAGUGAUUUCAGUAUACAAUACAGUAUGUUAUGUGAGCCCCUACCACCUACCUUUAGAAUAAUCGUACACAUUCAUGGAUAUAGUUGCUUUAGUCCUUGGUUGACCUCAGAUGAAGAUCCAUUAAUGAUCACCGCCAUGUACUGUAAUUUGUUCAAAUUGCAUUUUUUGGUUUAAAUAUAUGCAUUUACUAUUUGAUUUACAGCAGGUUAGGCAUCAGUAUACCUCUAAAUGUCAGUACAUACUAAUACAGAUAUUUCAUGUAAAUGGUUUUACUAAACAUAAACCGUAACAAAAUGAAACACUAUAAAUAGUAUAAAUCUUUAAAAUGUGUCAAGUGCUGCCCACUCGGAAGCUGUGUGCACUUAUUGUAGCAUUUUUGUACUUCUAACUUUGUCAGUUAGGUUUGUGCUUUAGUCUAACACAUACAUGUGCUGUAGGUCCCCCAUCACUAGAGGUAUUUACUUUGGUGGCUGUUGUUAAAUCCAGGUACUUGCAGGGUAGAAAGUGUUGCUGCCAAUAUUUCCUAAUGCCUGUUAGUGUUACAGACACUAAUCAUUCAGAGUCUGUGGACACCGUUGGCAACCAAAAGGACAAAAGUCAACAUUGCAAAAAUCAGACUAAAAAAACAUAAAAACAGAUGACAGUCGAAAAAUUUGAUGAUUUGGACAUUUUGACAGGAUGAGAAAAUGAAAACAAAGUGCGCAAACUUCUCCAUCUAUCACACUAAACACCCUGACAGCAAUCACUUGCAAGUCAGUAACUCUGUAUCCUUUCUAUGUAUCACAUCUAUUCUACUUCUACUUCUUUUUCUGACACUACUGUGUAAAAUUGUACAAUGGGCAUUCAGAUGACUAUAUAUUUUUCUAUGUAUUUCUAAAAUAUAUACUGUAUAUUCAGUGCUUCUUGGUGAAGUUAUGUUUAUUUCCUUUUUGAUGUCAUUGAUUGUUCUUUCAGUAAUACCGGUGUAGAGUGUCGUGUAACAGAAGAGUUUUUUUCCAAAAACAAAAUAUCCACCAGCUGUAAACCACAAGUCUAACUCUCAAGAGACUAAAGGACUACAAAAAUCUGCAGUACCAUUUAAAGUGCAGAAAAUAAGUUUGAUUGAUGAAAUGACACCACUCGGUGCUUUGGAGGUACCAA